CUGCCCGUCCGCCCGCCCGCCUGCCGCUGCCCUCAGCCUCUGCCGCCGCCGCAAUCGCUGGGUUGUACCUCCGACUGUCUGACAGCUAACGCGGCGGGCCGGCCUGCGCGGCCCUGGCUGGACAUGGCGGCGCUCUACGCCUGCACCAAGUGCCACCAGCGCUUCCCCUUCGAGGCGCUGUCUCAGGGGCAGCAGCUGUGCAAGGAAUGUCGGAUUGCACACCCUGUUGUGAAGUGCACCUACUGCAGGACUGAGUACCAGCAGGAGAGUAAAACCAAUACAAUAUGCAAGAAAUGUGCUCAGAAUGUGCAGUUAUAUGGAACGCCCAAACCUUGUCAGUAUUGCAACAUUAUUGCAGCAUUUAUAGGUAACAAAUGCCAGCGCUGUACUAAUUCAGAAAAGAAAUAUGGACCACCAUAUUCUUGUGAACAGUGCAAGCAGCAGUGUGCAUUUGACAGGAAAGAUGACAGAAAGAAGGUUGAUGGGAAAUUGCUGUGCUGGCUGUGCACACUUUCAUAUAAACGGGUCCUUCAGAAAACCAAAGAGCAAAGAAAACACUUGAGCAGCUCUUCCCGUGCCAGCCACCAGGAGAAGGAGCAGUAUAGCCGACUGAGUGGCGGAGGUCAUUAUAACAGCCAGAAAACACUUUCUACAUCUUCGAUUCAAAAUGAAAUCCCAAAGAAAAAAUCCAAGUUUGAAUCAAUCACGACCAAUGGAGACAGGACUUACUCCUGGCUCUGUGCUCAGGGAUCACUCCUGCCAGGCUCGGGGGACCAUAUGGGGUGCCGGGGAUCGAACCCAGGUCAGCCGCGUGCAAGCUUUUCUCCAGACCUAGCUCUGGAUUCACCAGGCACUGACCACUUUGUCAUCAUUGCCCAAUUAAAGGAAGAAGUAGCUACUUUGAAGAAGAUGCUACAUCAAAAGGAUCAAAUGAUUUUGGAGAAAGAAAAGAAGAUUACAGAGUUGAAGGCUGAUUUUCAAUACCAAGAAUCUCAGAUGAGAGCAAAAAUGAAUCAGAUGGAGAAAACCCACAAAGAAGUUACAGAACAGUUGCAGGCCAAAAAUCGAGAGCUCCUGAAGCAGGCAGCUGCCUUGUCCAAGAGCAAGAAGUCGGAAAAGUCAGGGACUAUAACCUCUCCAUGAGAGAUUACAAGGAAGCUCUCAGCAAAAGCAGUGGAUUCCUGGGUUAGGUUUGGUGACCUGGCUGUUCUCUGGGAAUUGCAAGGUUUCUUAAGAAAUCUCUAUUUUAUUAUAAUUAUUCUUCUUUGUGUGAUUGCAAUGGACUGAAUGGAAACAAACCUGGUUUGUGCUAUAUUAUGACUGCAUGCUUGGAUGUUUGGAGUUUAAAUUUCACUCUUCUCCCCCUCUCUCUUAGUCUUUCUUUGGUACUACUUUUUUAAAUGCGGAUCACUCACUGCUCAAUGCUAUGUGCAGCAAGAUUUUUUUGUGUGUAUUGAUCAUUGUGUCCUGCCACUCCCACGAGCAAAGGGUUUGGCAUUCAUUACAUGUCACUGCCACCCUUUGAACUUUGAAAACUGCCAUCUUAAGUUUGGUAUAGUGGUAGAGGCUUUCUCUCUUCAGUAUAUCUUUCGCUUCAGGGUAUAUUUUUGGGUUUUUUUCCAGGUAUAUUAUGUAUGAACUUUGUACUAUGUAUAACCAGAAUUUUAUUUAUUUAAAAAACAAAACAAAAACAAAAUUUUUUUCUUGAUAAAGAAAUAAUAGUAGCCUAGCUUGUUGUUCUUGUAAAAAUUAUGCCACUAAAAAAAAAUCCUGCUCAGUAGUUUUUAGUAAAGAACCAGAUCUUUUUCUUCUUACCUUGGAGUCUUAAAACCGAUUGGUAAGGUGAAAAUAAUUCAGUGCGUAAGUAUGGAGUUAAGUGCCUUUUGGAGGAUUCCUUGGAAGAGCAUUUAAGAAAAUACUUAAGGGAGGUAGCAAAAUUCGAAGAGUCUGUCUUUUAAGUAAAGGCAGAUAGAAAGGUUGUCCAGGUUGUACUGGACACUUCCCUCCUGUCACCCCUUUCCUGGUUAUGUCAUUGAUUUUAAAUACUUACACUGCCUUUUUUUAAAAGUACCGUUGUUUAUAUGAGUUGUCAUAAUGAAUCAUUGUCAAAGAUUUAUUUUGUAGAAGCAGAUUCACAAUGGAAUAAUGUUGACAUUAAUAGGAUAUGGGGUCAAUAUGAGCUUCUCAGGUAUGGACUGCGUUUGAUUGGGAGAAAUGAUAUUACUGUUUUUUUCUCUUCACCCACUCCAACCUAUACACUCCUAGACUUUAAUGGAAAGAUACCGAAAACAGGUCCAGAACAAGAGUGUGCUCAAUUGCAAGUUGUUUAAUGCUCCAUUUCCCUUCUUGAUUCAGUAGGCAUGUGGAUUUACUUUUCUAGGAAAGGGGAUAAGUUGGCAUUACUAAGCCAUACUCUCAGGUAUCCCCAGUGUGAUAUUUUAAAAAUAAAUAGGGAGGUACGUAGUGUGCCACAAAACAGAGAAUAACCAAUUACCUUGAAACUAUUCAGCACGGUAAAGUUAGAUGUAAUUAUGAAGACAGAUGAAAUUUGUACUUAAGUCUACAAAAUAAUUUGAAGCAGUGGUUUUUAACUUGAUAUAUAUUUAUUAAAAGCAAGUGCUUAUAAUUUAUAAUGCAGUUUCACAAAUGGACCCAGGCACAUAAAUGAAUAAAGAUAUGUAAAUGGAUGG